AUGUUCAUUGUGGAUAUGCGACAGAAGGAUGUUUUCGACAUCACAGGCGACCCAGGAAAGGCUUCACGUCCAAAACGCUCCCCUAAGUCUGGCGACCCAGGAAAGGCUUCACGUCCGAAGCGCUCCCCUAAGUCUGGCGACCCAGGAAAGGCUUCACAUCCAAAGCGCUCCCCUAAGUCUGGCGACCCAGGAAAGGCUUCACAUCCAAAGCGCUCCUCUAAGUCUGGCGACCCAGGAAAGGCUUCACGUCCGAAGCGCUCCUCUAAGUCUGGUAUGGUCCUGUUGGCCCCAUGUCUCAGGGCGCAACUGACAGCGAGAUGGUAUAACAAGUUUGACAUCACAGGCGACCCAGGAAAGGCUUCACGUCCGAAGCGCUCCCCUAAGUCUGGCGACCCAGGAAAGGCUUCACGUCCGAAGCGCUCCCCUAAGUCUGGUAUGGUCCUGUCGGCCCCAUAUCUCAGGACACGACGGAGCGGACGAUGGCGUGGGAGGUAA